UUCGGAUUUUUGUCCCAGCAACUCUGUGCAAGCUCCAUUUGCUCGCGAAUGGUGGAGAUGACUGAAAAUAACGGGGCUGGGCAUUAGAAGCUGGGGUGUUCAUCGUUUUUCGGGCGCUCUGAUGUGCUCUCCGAAGCCAGAAACCAUUUUAAAGUAGCCUUAUAAGACGGAAAUGAUCAAGGACAGGAUAUCUGCUCUAAAAGCGGCCCAAACAGAGGACGAUGAAUUGGACGGCGAUGUUACCGUGGUGCUUGAGCCCAAUGCAGGUUUCAUGGAAGAGUUUUUUGCCGAGGUGGAGGAGAUCACACAGAACAUCGAUAAAAUUGAGAAAACUGUGAACGAAAUGAAGCUAAAGCACAGCAGCAUCUUGUCUUCCCCACUCCCGGAUGAAAAAAUGAAACAGGACUUGGAAGAUCUGAUGGCUGAUGUGAAACGUAUGGCCAAUAAAGUCAGGAUGAAGCUGAAAUUAAUGGAGCAGAACAUCGAACAAGAAGACCAGAUAGUGGGCAACAGGACAGCCGAGCUUCGCAUACGCAAGACACAGCAUUCUGCACUGUCACGCAAGUUUGUGGAAACAAUGACAGAGUACAACAGAAUCCAAAAUGACUAUCGAGGGCGCUGCAAGGACCGCAUCAAGCGCCAGCUCGAAAUCACUGGCAAGGUGACUACAGAUGAAGAGAUAGAAGAGAUGCUGGAAAGUGGGAACCCAGCAAUUUUCACUGAGGGCAUCGUGAUGGAGACCCAGAAAGCACGACAGACCCUGGCCGAGAUUGAAGCUCGGCACCACGACAUCAUCAAGUUGGAAAAGAGCAUCAGGGAGCUGCAUGACAUGUUCAUGGACAUGGCAAUGCUCGUUGAAAGUCAGGGCGAAAUGGUUGACAGAAUUGAGUACCAUGUUAAAAAUGCCUCAGCCUACGUUGACACUGCAACGCAAGAAACACGACGAGCUGUCCGUUACCAGAGCAAGGCAAGAAAGAAAAAAGUCAUAAUCAUAGUCCUACUUGUAGUGGUCGUCUUAAUUCUGGCGAUUAUUAUUUUCGUUUCGGUACGAAAAUAGACGGCAGGCAGGAGAUGGCCUCGCUGGCUGGGACGUCUGCUUUGUUUUAGAAGUCUGCUUGACAGUACUAUUGCACUAGUUGUUGAAUGUUUUAGAUCUUGACUGUUGUGCGACUUGUGCAUACACCUUGUGUGACUUGCACCUGUACCAAAGCUGCCAUGCACAGAGACAUUCUAUGUUAUUGAGUCAUUCUAUGCUGAUUAGCCAAGGUUCAGAACAAGCCAGUUUUGUGGGCUAAUACAAAUACACAGGCUAUGCAUGCAGAAAAGAUAAGAGAUUAGAAAGGGAAUAUAACCCAUAAAUUUAAUGUGACAGUUUCUCACGUCAGUUCAUGCUAUCAGGGUCUUGAACACAAUGUGCGAAAACACGCUGUGUUACGUUGCCCGAUAUUAAUGCACAUAACUUUUCUUGAUGGCAGUUGGAUAGCCUGAUUAUAUAUAUUAAAAAAAUUUGCUUUUCUGUUUCGUGCUUCAGUUAGGAGCAGCGUAUGGUCUCGUGGUGAUAUGAUUCAGCACAAUCCACCAUCUGUAGACAAUGUGUUAUUUAACAUCCACAGCCGGUUUUCUUAGUUUACUUUGGGUUUGUGUAUUUGUUUGACCCAGACCAGUUAUAUGGGCAGUUUUGAACCAUCAUGCUUUGUCAUAGAGUGACUGUAACGAGCUUUAUCAUUUCACUUCUAGUCAGCUUUAUUGCCAUUUUUAUUUAGUUUGCUGUCAGAGCAAAUCAAGGUUGUGUUGUGCUUAGCCAAGCAUUCUGCCACACACUUAAGCUGUAAGAGCUGGGAGUGUGUACCCAAGGGACCAUUAAAAUGUUGACUUGCAAUCUACAAUCCUAUGGUCCCCAUCAGUAUUUAGAACUUUAGUCAUCUAAUAUGUAAAGACAAUGCAUUUAUAUAUUGAGGUGAGUGUGGGCAUGGCACCCUGUAAGUCCAAACAUGCCAAAAAUUGGUGAUGUCGUCUCAAAACGUCAGCAAACGUCCAACUUAACAAUGGUUUCUAGAUGUCAUGAACUUGCAUACGGUAUCACGCAUAAUAUUGGUACCUGGCACAUUGACCAAAAUACCAGAUGUAUACCACAUUGUACUGACAUUUUUCAUAUAUUCUUGAAAACUCUACAGGGUGGGUGCUAUAAAAGGUCAGUCACAUUUUCGCGAGUGACACUACACCUACUUGACAGACGGACUUCUGCUGCCACACGUUGAAUAAUUUAUGCCUGAGAUACCUACGAAAAAAUUGUGGUUACCAGCCAAUGCGUAACAAAAUAAAUACGGCCAUGCAAAUCGUCUUCAUGUAUUUCCUAUGCGCUGUACCAAUGGAUGGAGGCGAAAGUUUGCGUGGUCGUAUUUCUUUUGUUACACAGCGCUUGGUAACCGAAAUUUUUUUGUAGGUUUCUCUGGCAUAAAUUUCUUAUUCUGAGGCAGAAGAAGUCUGUGUGUCACGGAGGUAUCGUGUCAAGGAGGUAUAUAACGUCUUGCACGAAAGUGAGACUGACCUUUUGGAGCACCCACCCUGUAUAUUCCACAUAAUGGACAUGGUAGUCACAUGAAAUGAAACUGCCAUUCAUUAUAAAAACCUUCAAUACCACUAGAAGACACUGAAAAUUGUAUGUGAUCUUCACACAGUUUGGCUUCUUCGCAUGUGCAUGCGGUGUAAGUCAGUAAGAUAAUAACAAAAAGAGUGUAGCCUAUAGCAGCCCUCCGAAAUGGGGGUGCACCUGUCCAAUCCACGUAGCAAGGGCAGGCAUUUGAUCUGCAAUCUGUAGAUGUCCUAACACUUGUCUAUCUGUGUGUACCCACACUUGCCUCUGUUCCUUGCACUGUAGCAUCUCUUUAUGAAUUUAUGCUAGUGCUUCAGUGUCACUUGUUUCUGCAGUAUGAAUAUCCACCAGUACAAUUUAGCAUUGCAAUUGCUGCGCAUUUCUUUUGUGUGAUGUGGCUGCAAAGCCUAAUAUAUUGUUUGCUAUUUUGAGAAUAUUGCGUGCAAUGUUGUUUGCACAGAAUGUGCAUUUUGGUUGUGCAAUAUUUUGGUUGUUAUCCGCAUUUCCUGCCCGUUUACGCAUGUGUAACAUGCAUGAGACUACAUGUACAAGCGUUUUGCCUCAGAAGUUAGCGGCACUGAAUAUUUAGUAUUGUUUAGUAGCUGUAGCUGAGCACUAUAUUUAUUUCUGUAUUGCAUACAACUGAGGCCUCUGUAAAAUGUUGGCUAUCAAAUUAUGAAUUUAUUUUAUGCUGUCCUGCGAAUAAAAGUUGUCUGCCGUUGCAAACAGAGACAGUGAAGCCCA